AUGCACGACCGAUCGUUGCGGCGGACCACCAACAUCGACGAGGUGUCUCCCGACCAUGGCGACAAGCCGUCCGACAUGUGGCCGCAACUGAGAAAACUCAACACGGGCACCUGGUUCCUUUCCACAGACCCGUACGGCACGGCGGCCUCUCUGGGGGCGGAGGAUCGUCAGUGGGCUGGGGAGCAGCCCGUCUGCACGUUGCUGGAAUUCCUGGAGCUGGCGGUCCGCUAUGAUAAGUUGGUCAUCUUCGACCUCUACCGGCCCCCCCUGGGACACCCAUACAGAAAUUCAUGGAUCCAGCGUACCCUGGACGUCAUCUUGAAUGAGUCGACUGUUAGGCCCUCCCAGGGGGAGAGCAACGAGACCCCUGGACCUGAAUGGCCUCUCGGGACUCAAAGAUAUGGUGGAAGAAGACAAGUACAUUCAGCUCAAAUCAGAGCGAACUGACGUUUGGUCCGUGUCCAGCGCCGGGACUCCGCCAGCGGGGCAAAAGCACGACUUUGGCCAGUGACUACUUAAGGCGGCAAACUCAUUAGCCCUCAUUUGCUCAAAUAAAAACAUGUUGUACUAU